CCUGUAGUCAUAUUUGUGCGACGCGUAUAUUUGUUUCCUUUCCAGGAGUCUUGCUUGGCCGGCGGCGACUGCGAGUAGUGCUGCUGCCAUCAUGUCCGACACGGAGAGCGACGAAGAUUCUGCCGUUGAUGGCCCAUUUUCUUUAACCGGUUUUCUUUUCGGCAACAUCAAUGGAGCUGGGCAGCUGGAGGGGGAAAGCGUCCUGGAUGAUGAGUGUAAGAAGCACCUAGCAGGCCUGGGGGCUUUGGGUCUUGGCAGCCUGAUCACUGAACUCACUGCCAAUGAAGAAUUGACUGGAACUGAUGGUGCCUUGGUAAAUGAUGAAGGCUGGAUUAGGAGUACAGAAGAUGCUGUGGACUAUUCGGAUAUCAAUGAGGUAGCAGAAGAUGAAAGCCGAAGAUACCAGCAGACAAUGGGAAGCUUGCAGCCUCUUUGCCACACAGACUAUGAUGAAGAUGACUAUGAUGCUGAUUGUGAAGACAUUGAUUGCAAGCUAAUGCCUCCCCCACCUCCACCCCCAGGACCAAUAAAGAAAGAUAAGGACCAGGAUGCUAUUAGUGAUGUGUCUGAAGAUGGAGAAGGCAUCAUCUUGCCCUCCAUCAUUGCCCCUUCCUCUUUGGCCUCAGAGAAAGUGGACUUCAGUAGUUCCUCUGACUCAGAAUCUGAGAUGGGACCUCAAGAAGUAACACAGGCAGAAUGUGAGGAUGGAAAGCUGACUCUACCAUUGGCGGGGAUUAUGCAGCAUGAUGCCACAAAGCUGUUGCCAAGUGUCACAGAACUUUUUCCAGAAUUUCGGCCUGGGAAGGUAUUACGCUUCUUACGUCUUUUUGGACCAGGGAAAAAUAUUCCAUCUGUUUGGCGGAGUGCUAGGAGAAAGAGGAAGAAGAAGCACCGUGAGCUAAUACAGGAAGAGCAGAUGCCGGAGGUGGAGUCCUCAGUAGAAGUAGAAGUCAGCCAGAAGUCUUUGUGGACCUAUGACUAUGCUCCACCACCACCUCCAGAGCAGUGUCUCUCUGAUGACGAAAUCACAAUGAUGGCUCCUAUUGAGUCAAAGUUUUCCCAGUUAACUGGAGAUACAGAUAAAGUGAUGGAUACAAAACCAAGAGUGGCUGAGUGGCGUUAUGGUCCUGCUCGACUGUGGUAUGAUAUGCUGGGUGUCCCUGAAGAUGGCAGUGGGUUUGAUUAUGGCUUCAAACUGAGAAAGAGUGAGCAUGAACCUGUGAUAAAAUGCAAAAUGAUGGAGGAUUUAAAGAAGCUUGAGGAAGGCAAUGGCAUUGAUCUUCUGGCUGAUGAAAACUUUCUAAUGGUGACUCAACUGCAUUGGGAGGAUGAUAUCAUCUGGGAUGGGGAGGAUGUCAAACAUAAAGAGACAAAACCUCAGCGGGCAAGCUUAGCAGGCUGGCUUCCUUCCAGUAUGACUAGGAAUGCCAUGGCUUACAAUGUUCAGCAGGGUUUUACAGCCACUUUGGAUGAUGACAAACCUUGGUAUUCCAUUUUUCCCAUUGAUAAUGAGGAUUUGGUAUAUGGACGCUGGGAGGACAAUAUCAUUUGGGAUGCUCAGGCUAUGCCCUGCUUGCUGGAACCUCCUGUUUUGACUCUUGAUCCCAAUGAUGAGAACCUUAUUUUAGAAAUUCCUGAUGAGAAGGAAGAGGCCACUUCUAAUUCCCCCUCCAAAGAAAGUAAGAAAGAAUCAUCUCUGAAGAAGAGUCGAAUUCUCUUGGGGAAAACAGGAGUUAUUAAGGAGGAACCACAACAGAACAUGUCUCAACCAGAAGUGAAAGAUCCAUGGAAUCUCUCAAAUGAUGAGUAUUACUACCCCAAACAACAAGGCCUUCGAGGUACUUUUGGAGGGAAUAUUAUCCAGCAUUCAAUUCCUGCUGUGGAGUUACGACAGCCCUUCUUUCCUACCCACAUGGGACCCAUCAAACUCCGGCAGUUCCAUCGCCCACCACUGAAAAAGUAUUCCUUUGGGGCGCUAUCUCAGCCAGGUCCCCAUGCAGUUCAGCCUUUACUAAAGCAUAUCAAAAAGAAGGCCAAGAUGAGGGAACAGGAGAGGCAAGCAUCGGGUGGUGGAGAAAUGUUUUUUAUGCGCACACCUCAGGACCUCACAGGCAAAGAUGGAGAUCUUAUUCUUGCAGAGUACAGUGAGGAAAAUGGACCCUUAAUGAUGCAAGUUGGCAUGGCAACCAAGAUAAAAAACUAUUAUAAACGAAAACCUGGAAAAGAUCCUGGAGCCCCAGAUUGUAAAUAUGGGGAAACUGUUUACUGCCAUACAUCACCUUUUCUGGGCUCUCUCCAUCCUGGCCAAUUACUACAGGCUUUUGAGAACAACCUUUUUCGUGCUCCAAUUUAUCUUCAUAAGAUGCCAGAAACUGACUUCUUGAUCAUUCGAACAAGACAGAGUUAUUAUAUUCGGGAACUAGUAGAUAUUUUUGUGGUUGGCCAGCAGUGUCCCUUGUUUGAAGUUCCUGGGCCCAACUCGAAAAGGGCUAAUACACAUAUUCGAGACUUUCUACAGGUUUUUAUUUAUCGUCUCUUUUGGAAGAGUAAAGAUCGGCCCCGGCGAAUCCGAAUGGAAGAUAUAAAAAAAGCCUUUCCUUCUCAUUCAGAAAGCAGCAUCAGAAAGAGGCUAAAGCUAUGUGCUGACUUCAAACGCACAGGGAUGGACUCAAACUGGUGGGUGCUGAAAUCUGAUUUUCGUUUACCAACGGAAGAGGAAAUCAGAGCUAUGGUAUCACCAGAGCAGUGUUGUGCAUAUUAUAGCAUGAUAGCUGCAGAGCAGCGACUAAAGGAUGCUGGCUAUGGAGAAAAGUCAUUUUUUGCUCCAGAAGAAGAAAAUGAAGAAGAUUUCCAAAUGAAGAUUGAUGAUGAAGUGCGAACUGCUCCUUGGAACACCACAAGAGCUUUCAUUGCCGCCAUGAAGGGAAAAUGUCUACUGGAGGUGACUGGCGUGGCAGAUCCCACAGGCUGUGGUGAAGGUUUCUCCUAUGUGAAGAUUCCAAACAAACCAACACAGCAGAAGGAUGAUAAGGAGCCUCAGCCAGUGAAGAAGACUGUGACAGGAACAGAUGCAGACCUUCGUCGCCUUUCUUUGAAAAAUGCCAAGCAACUUCUGCGUAAAUUUGGUGUGCCUGAGGAAGAGAUUAAAAAAUUGUCCCGCUGGGAAGUUAUUGAUGUUGUACGCACAAUGUCAACGGAACAAGCCCGCUCUGGAGAGGGGCCCAUGAGUAAAUUUGCCCGAGGAUCAAGGUUUUCUGUGGCUGAACAUCAAGAACGUUACAAAGAGGAAUGUCAGCGCAUCUUUGACCUUCAAAACAAGGUUUUGUCAUCAACAGAACUCUUAUCAACUGACACAGACAGCAGCUCAGCUGAAGACAGUGACUUUGAAGAAAUGGGAAAAAAUAUUGAGAAUAUGUUGCAGAACAAGAAAACCAGCUCUCAGUUAUCACGUGAACGGGAGGAGCAAGAGAGGAAGGAACUACAGAGGAUGCUACUUGCUGCAGGUUCAGCAGGAGGAGGGAAUAAUCACAGAGAUGAUGACACAGCUUCUGUGACUAGCCUUAACUCCUCUGCCACUGGUCGCUGUCUUAAGAUAUAUCGCACUUUUCAAGAUGAAGAAGGUAAAGAAUAUGUUCGAUGUGAGACAGUCCGAAAACCAGCUGUCAUGGAUGCUUAUGUGCGCAUACGGACCACAAAAGAUGAAGAAUUCAUUCGAAAAUUUGCCCUUUUUGAUGAGCAGCAUAGAGAAGAGAUGCGAAAAGAACGGCGAAGGAUUCAGGAGCAACUGAGGAGGCUUAAACGGAACCAGGAAAAGGAAAAGCUUAAAGGUCCUCCUGAGAAGAAGCCCAAAAAAAUGAAGGAACGCCCUGACCUAAAACUAAAAUGUGGAGCAUGUGGUGCCAUUGGACACAUGAGGACAAACAAAUUCUGUCCCCUUUAUUACCAAACAAAUGCCCCACCUUCCAAUCCUGUUGCUAUGACUGAGGAGCAGGAGGAAGAGUUGGAAAAGACAGUCAUUCAUAAUGAUAAUGAAGAACUUAUCAAGGUUGAAGGGACUAAGAUUGUGUUGGGGAAACAGCUAAUUGAGAGUGCAGAUGAAGUUCGCAGAAAAUCUCUGGUUCUCAAGUUCCCUAAACAGCAACUUCCUCCCAAGAAGAAACGACGGGUUGGAACUACAGUUCACUGUGACUAUUUGAAUAGACCUCAUAAAUCUAUCCACCGGCGCCGGACUGACCCUAUGGUAACACUCUCAUCUAUCUUGGAGUCCAUCAUCAAUGACAUGAGAGAUCUUCCAAAUACAUACCCUUUCCACACUCCAGUCAAUGCAAAGGUUGUAAAGGACUAUUACAAAAUCAUCACUCGACCAAUGGAUCUCCAAACACUCCGUGAAAAUGUGCGCAAACGCCUCUACCCAUCUCGGGAAGAGUUUAGGGAGCAUUUGGAGCUAAUUGUGAAAAAUAGUGCAACCUACAAUGGGCCGAAACACUCAUUGACCCAGAUUUCUCAAUCCAUGCUGGAUCUCUGUGAUGAAAAGCUUAAAGAGAAAGAAGACAAAUUAGCUCGUUUAGAGAAAGCAAUCAAUCCGUUGCUGGAUGAUGAUGACCAAGUGGCAUUUUCUUUCAUUCUGGACAAUAUUGUAACUCAGAAAAUGAUGGCAGUUCCAGAUUCUUGGCCAUUUCAUCACCCAGUUAAUAAGAAGUUUGUUCCAGAUUAUUACAAAGUAAUUGUCAACCCAAUGGAUUUAGAGACUAUACGUAAGAAUAUUUCCAAGCACAAAUACCAGAGUCGGGAGAGCUUUUUAGAUGAUGUAAACCUAAUUCUGGCCAACAGUGUUAAGUACAAUGGUCCUGAGAGUCAAUAUACUAAGACUGCUCAGGAGAUUGUGAAUGUUUGUUACCAGACAUUAACCGAGUAUGAUGAACAUCUGACUCAACUUGAAAAGGAUAUUUGUACAGCUAAAGAAGCAGCUUUGGAGGAAGCAGACUUAGAAAGUCUGGACCCAAUGACACCAGGGCCUUACACACCUCAGCCUCCUGAUUUAUAUGAUACUACCACAUCCCUCAGUGUGUCUCGAGAUGCCUCUGUAUUUCAAGAUGAGAGCAGUCUAUCUGUCCUGGAUAUUCCCACUGCUACUCCAGAAAAGCAGGUAACACAGGAAAGUGAAGAGGGAAAUGAUGCUGUUGCAGAUGAAGAGGAAGGAACUGUGCAACAGCCUCAAUCUAGUGUCCUUUAUGAGGAUUUGCUUAUGUCUGAAGGAGAAGAUGAUGAGGAAGAUGCUGGAACUGAUGAAGAAGGCGAUAACCCUUUCUCUGCUAUUCAGCUGAGUGAAAGUGGAAGUGACUCUGAUGUGGGAACCAGUGGUAUAAGACCCAAACAGCCCCGCAUGCUUCAGGAGAAUACAAGGAUGGGGAUGGAAAAUGAAGAAAGUAUGAUGUCCUAUGAGGGAGACGGUGGGGAGACUUCCCGUGGUUUGGAAGAUAGCAACAUCAGUUAUGGGAGCUAUGAGGAGCCUGAUCCCAAGUCGAACACCCAGGACACAAGCUUCAGCAGCAUCGGUGGGUAUGAGGUAUCAGAGGAGGAAGAAGAUGAGGAGGAAGAGCAGCGCUCUGGGCCAAGUGUACUAAGCCAGGUCCACCUGUCAGAGGACGAGGAGGACAGUGAGGAUUUCCACUCCAUUGCUGGGGACAGUGACUUGGACUCUGAUGAAUGAGGAUUCCUUGGGGUCUCUUUAGUCAGCCUUCUUUGUUCUCCAGCCUAGGUGAUUCACCUUUCCCCAAUUUGUUAUAUUUGUACAAUGUUUGAUCCUGAAAUUAUAGAUUAACACCUUACUUUUAAUAAUAAGUAUAUGAUAAUAGUCACCUCUCCUAAUCUUGUUGGGGCAGUGUCGCCUAUUGAUUUAAAACAAAGCAACUUUGUUCCCCUUAGCACUAACAGAAAAAGAAACCUUACUCUUCUCCAAUGCCCUCCAUUAAUGCCAUUUAUUGCUACUGACAUAAUUUGUCCUUGAGGACAAAUUAUGAGAAGGAAUUAUAAAAAGACUAGUAACUAUGUCCUCCUGAUGUAUUAGGAAACUUCUAAGCAUGGUGUCAUUUCUUUUUCUAAUUUUCCAAGCUGAAAUAGGUGAGAACCCUCCCUUCCCCCCUGUUAGAACAGAGAAUUGGGUUCUGGAAAGCUCUAUGCCACACUUCAAAACAAACCUGUUGGACAAACUGUCCAUUUUCUGGUUAUUUACUUACUUGGUAAUUCAAUGCCUUGUUUCUAAAUGGAUUUGAGGCAAAUAGCUGUACAUUUUUGAAUCAUUUUGUAUGUCAGAAAUGAUAUGUUGCUGUGUAAAUGUGUUCUUUUUCCUCCUACCCCAGGGGAAAAGCUAGGAAAGUGGUGAGUUACUUAGGGCAAAGAUUUGUCUUCUGUUUCUUGUCAUUCUUAAGAUAUGGCUGUGUGCAAAGAAGAUGCUCAGUAAUGUUUCCAGAAUCAUAAAAUGCUCCAGAGAUGCAUUACUAAGUGUCUGCUGCAUGAUAAGCAUAAUUAGACCCAUAGUAUGCAAAGACACAUGCCUUUUACCCAAAGAGCUCACCACCAAAUUGGGGGAGGAGGGGUGGAAUUGGAAAUCAUUACAGAACUGUGAGGUAAGUGUGACUUAGAAGCUAGCUGUAAAGUGUAGGGGAUAACAGAUGCGUGAUCCUGUUUGAAAAUCAGGGAAGUCUUUCUAGAGGCAAUUUUUAAGAUGUUAUUGAAGAAUCAACUAGUAGGAACUUGUCAGAUGGAAAAGUCCAGGCAGAGUAUAUGAUAAAGUGAAAAGGCCAAAAUCUAGAAGUGACAGAGUGUGUUCCUAGUUUGUUUGUUUGUUUGUUUGUACCUGCCUUGUUUCAGAAAGGAUUUAGGUGAUUUAUGCUCUAAUCUUUUCAAUGACUGAAGAUGAGAUUGAAAAAUGGGCAGGAAGCAUAUUGUCAUGAGUUUUUAUAAUUAAUGUUAUAUAAUGAAUGAUGAUAAUGAAGGAAUUUUACAUUAUGAGAAAUGAAAUCUAGAGGAGUGAUUUGUGUUUUAGAAAUUUUCUCCUGAUUAAGUGAGUUAAGAAAAAUUGAUUCAUGUAACAGACAUGAAUGAACCUAUUUUGUAAAAGACAAAAUCAUGUGUUCAUGUGUUUAUAUACACUUGUGUAUGCAAAGGGAAAGAUAUGAAAGGAUAUAUGCUAAAUUGCUCACACAGAUAAUCUCUCGCGAAGAGAAUGGAGGAAAGGUUAUGUGGCUAUAUGUAUAUUAGGUAGGUAUUGUGCUUUUAUUUCUGUAUUUGGAUUUUAUAAGUAUGCAUUAUUUUUUAAUAAAUUUUUUUUAAAUUUCA